CCCAGCGCCACCGAUGACCCACAAAACCACCCAGAUGCAACCAUCACUCACAGUUUCAAGUCUUAGAAACAGCAAAGUCCGGAGAAAAGCAAACCCAGAAAACGCAAUGGUUCAUCCUCAAGCUCUUGCUGCCUUAUUUCAUGGUGGUACUCCUUUUUUUUUAUUCUUUGUCUUUUAAAGUCGAUUCCAAUUUGUGAACGUGAUUCUUUUGGCUUCUCCAUUCCCAGAAGAAUGGCAUCUUUGUGCUCCCUCCGACUCCAUUCACUCUCUUCUCAGGUAACAACCCUCUCUCUCCUCCUGUUUAACAAUUUUGGUGAUGGCAAAAAUGUGGAUUUUUUAAAAUCUAAAAUUGAAUUGUCUGCAAUUUGUAUUAUGGAUUCAAUUAGCAUCGAAUUUCUAGAAUGGCAUAGGAUUUGAGUUCAUAACUGAAUUUAGAAUUAACUAUGGUAAUUUGAAGUUCAAUUGUCCCAAAAAUUACAGCGGAAAGCUGGUGUUGAAAAUGCUUGUAGCAACGGUUCUAGUGUUUCCAGUCAGCCCGAUUUCAAUUGCAGUUAUCUUAAAUUUCAAAAAAUUGUUGCUCCUUUGCUCCUGUUGUUGUCGUGGUUAGUUUCAAUUUUGGGAAAACAUUUUCAGAAACUUCAAUAAACUGUUGCUUCUCUUCUCAAUUUGUGGGUCAUGGAUGGUGCUGUGAGACGGCGACGACAGUGGUUGCAAACUUACAAUAGUUGGGACAGGGCGGUUGGCAGUUGGCUCAAGCGAGAGCAUCGUCCAGACAAUCUCCAUGAUUGGCGAAAUGUGCCAAUCAAGGGACACUAUAGUGAACAUAGUAAAAUUACAUACAGUCUAAAAUAUUUCUUAUACUAUUACACCUUGAAUAUGACCAAAAUAUCAUUAUUCAUUACCCUAGAACAGUAGUAUCUUUGAGGGCCAGAUCAAAUAAUAUCAAAUAAGGUGAAUAGACCAUUCAAAGAGUGAUCCAAAAGGCAAAAACAUGGAAAUAAUCUUUUUCAUGACUUUUUCUUUAAAGCAAUCAUAAAACGAUUGCAUCUUUUUGCCUUUAGUUUGUGUGGGAAUUCUUGUUCCCUAGUCUUAUUGCUAUCCCUAAGAGUGGAGUACCUUAUAUGUUUUGAGUGGAAAAACACACAAUAGCAUUAAAGCGAGACGUCCAAUCACAAGCGUUUUUAUUUCCAAAACCAUAGUCCUUUUUGGUAAUAGGAAAACCCAUAAUGUCUUCUCGUUUUUAACCAAUGUAUCAUAAUAUUUCCUGGAGUUCGAAAAAAAUGUCCAAUACCUAAAAGUGUUUUUAUCAUUGCUUGACUCAAAUUCCUAGCAAAACAAUGACCUCCAUUGUAACAGGACAAGAUAUUAUGUUCUCUCUCUAUAUAUAUAUGGAUUCAAUAUUCUUGAUCUUUAUCUUAUCCUUUUCAAACUAAACCUAUGUCAUGAAGCCGUUUCAAACAAAUCCUUCAACCUUUUUCUUCAACUUUUUCUUGUUUUUCUUACUCCUAAACAACACCAUUUUAUCACUAAAACCAGAGAUUCAAGCUCUUUUAUCAUGGAAACACCACCUUUCUUCACCAACUCUCUCAUCAUGGACACUCUCCAAUGCCCAUAACUUAUGCAAAUGGGAAGGAAUCAUAUGUGAUCAGAAGCAAAAUUCUAUUUUAGCAAUAAAUCUUGCCAACUUCAGCAUUAGUGGAACACUUAACCAUUUAAACUUCACUUCAUUUCCCACUCUUAAGAUCCUUAAUCUCAGCCAAAACAACCUUAAUGGCUCAAUACCAUCAAGUAUUGGCAACCUCUCGAGCCUGACUUCCUUAGACUUGAGUGACAACAGUCUUGCAGGGAAUGUCCCAUAUCAACUUAGCAAUCUUCAGGAGUUAUGGCACUUAGACCUCGGCGCGAAUUACUUAGAGUCUUCUGACUGGUCGAGGUUUGCUCCAAUGCCAUUUCUCACCCAUCUUAGCCUUUAUCUCAAUAAUCUUGAGUUUGAGUUCCCAAGUUUUAUAGCUACUUGUACUAAUCUCACUUACCUUGAUUUAACACAGAAUUUAUUCACAGGUUUCUUGCCUAGCUCAUUGUUUAGUAGUCUUUCCAAACUUGAGUUUCUAAAUCUUACAACAAAUGAUUUUCAUGGUGCUUUGCCAUUAAACAUUUUUGAGCUUAAUUUUCUUAAGGAUCUUCGCUUAGGAAAUAACCGCUUUAGUGGGUUGAUCCCUGAAGAAGUUGGUAAUUUCUUUGGCCUUGAAAUAUUAGAGUUGUAUAAUAAUUCAUUUGAAGGGAGUGUACCUUCUUCUUUAGGGAACCUUAAAAUGCUUCAAAGACUCGAUCUUCGUUGGAACAAAUUGAAUUCUACUGUUCCUCCUGAGUUAGGCCAGUGCAGUAACUUGUCAUACAUAGGGUUGGCUUCGAAUUCUUUCACCGGGGAAUUGCCUUUGUCCUUGAGCAAUCUUAGGCUAUUAUCUGAAAUAGAUGUCUCCGAAAAUUCACUUUCAGGAAAUCUGUCUCCCUACUUUUUUACCAAUUGGACUGAGUUGAUCAUGUUGCAACUUCAGUACAAUCAGUUCAGUGGGACAAUUCCUCCUGAGAUCGGCCUGUUAACAAAACUCGACACACUUUUCUUGUACAAUAAUGAAUUUUCUGGUUCAAUUCCAUCAGAAGUUGGAAAUUUAGAGGUUUUGAAUCAGUUAGACUUCUCUAGUAAUCAACUUUCCGGUCCUAUUCCUUCAUCAAUUCGUAAUCUCACAACCCUUACCAUCUUGCAACUUUUCAAUAACAGUCUCAAUGGCACUUUGCCUCCUGAGACCGGCAACAUGAUAUCCUUGCAAAUUCUUGAUCUUAGCAUAAACCGGCUGCAAGGGAAGUUUCCGGAUACCGUAGCUGAUCUCGUGAACUUAAAAACACUUUCUUUGUUCAACAAUAGCUUCUCGGGGGAAUUCCCAAAGACUUUUGGUAAGUAUAGCCUCUCCUUGAACAACUUUCGUAUUGCAUACAAUAGUUUCUCAGGAGAGCUGCCGCAGAACUUAUGCAGUGGGUUUGCGCUUGUUGAGUUUACAGCUCAUUUCAACAAGUUCACAGGAUCUCUUCCAGAUUGCAUCAGGAAAUGCAGGGAGCUGAAUAGAGUAUGGCUUGAGGGAAACCAGUUUAAGGGCAAUAUUUCUCUGACAUUUGGGGUUCAUCCGAGUCUUGAUUUUCUGAACCUUGCUCACAAUCAGUUUUUAGGAACACUGUCUCCUAAAUGGGGAGACUGCACCAAUCUUACUCGAUUAGAGCUGACAGGAAAUAAGAUUUCUGGGGAAAUACCAGCUUCAUUAGGAAACUUGCUAAAAUUGGUGGUUCUCAAUCUGAACUCAAAUGAGCUGAGUGGAAAAAUUCCUACAGAAAUCGGAAAGCUGCAACAGCUAGAACAACUUAGCUUAAGAGAAAAUCAUUUGACAGGAAAUGUUCCGAGAAGUAUAGGGAGCUUGAGUAAUCUGAAGGAUCUUGACGUAUCAGAGAACAGAUUAACAGGAAAACUUCCUGUUGAGCUUGCAAAUUGCAAGGUCCUGUCAAGCUUGAAUCUGAGCCGCAAUGGUUUAUCAGACAAAAUUCCAUUUGAGCUUGGUGAAUUGGCUGAGUUACGGUACUUCUUAGACAUUAGUGGCAAUGCUUUUUCAGGAAACAUACCUGAGAGUCUUAGCUCGCUCACCAGUCUGCAAUAUCUGAAUCUCUCUCACAAUAAUCUCUCAGGAAAUAUUCCUGGCAGUUUUUCUGGCAUGAUCAGCUUAGAGUCAGUUGAUUUCUCCUACAACAAACUGAAUGGUCCAGUUCCCAAUAUUAAUGUCUUCCAGAAAGCACCUUCAACAGCGUUUACUGGGAACGUGGGUUUGUGUGGAGAAAAACAAGGAUUUCCUCAGUGUACAAGUAAGAAUUCAGUUAGUCAUAACAGGAAGAUACUGAUUGAAGCUAUUGUCCUCAGUUUCCUCUUGCUUCUUGCAAGUGUUCUGGGAGUAUUUAUGUUUCUAUUUUGGCACAAAAGGAGAAAAAGGAUGGAAGAAAAGGAAGCAACACUGCAGAAGAACAGGGAAUUUCCUUCCUACUAUGAUAACUUCGAGAUGCUGCUUUGGGGAUCUGCAAAAGGAAGAUUCAAAUUCGAAGAUUUAGUCAGAGCAACCGAGAACUUCAAUGACAAAUAUUGUAUAGGGAGAGGAGGUUUCGGGAGCGUAUACAAGGCUGUCUUGCCAAAGGAUCAAAUUCUUGCAGUUAAAAGACUUAAUAAAACCGAUUCCAGUGACACCCAAUUGACUGAUCUCAAGAGCUUCGAUAAUGAGAUCGCGGCACUCACUCAGAUCAGGCACCGGAACAUCAUUAAGCUGCAUGGUUCUUGCUCCAAAAGUGGAAACUUGUAUCUGGUUUAUGACUAUGCAGAAAGAGGUAGCCUAAGAGGAGCAGUAUAUGGCAAGGAAGGAUCUCUUUUAGACUGGGGUUUAAGGCUAAAAAUCAUUCAAGGGUUAGCAAAUGCACUUUCUUACCUGCACCAUGACUGCUCUCCACCAAUUGUGCACCGUGACAUAUCAAUGAACAAUGUGUUGCUUGAUGCAGAAUUUGAGCCUAGGCUUUCGGAUUUUGGUACUGCUAAGUUAUUGGUCUCUGGUUCAGCCAAUUGGACCAACAUUGCCGGGUCUUAUGGCUAUAUGGCUCCAGAGUUAGCAUUCACCAUGAAGGUGACCGAGAAAUCUGAUGUAUACAGCUUUGGGGUUGUGGCAUUGGAAGUUAUGAUAGGAAAACACCCAACUGAGGUAUUAUCCUCACAUUUCUCGGGUGCUAUAUCGCUUGAUAUCCAGGAUAUGUGCUUGAAGGACAUAUUAGAUCAAAGACUUCCACCACCACCUCCCAAACUGGAAGCUGGGGUGGUGGGAGUUAUUUCUGCAGCAUUAAGAUGCACCUGCCAUUUUCCAGAGUCAAGACCAACCAUGCUAAAUGUGGCUCAGAAACUAUCGUCCCAAACUCAAGAAGCUCUGUUUUCAGACCCUUUCGAGUCAAUAAACAUUGGCAUGCUUAUAAGUCUAGGACAAUAUAGCAAUCCAUGAUUGUUGCCUGAUUUGUUGGCAUCAUUAAAACUCUAGUAACUUGGUAAAGUAGAGGUGUUUUGGAGUAGCCUUGUACAUACUUGUAGAGUUGUAGACUUGUAUGGAGUUGUAUUGAAUUUUCUAAGCCAGUAAUUCUUAGCCGGGAAAUCUUCCGCCGGGAAGGCCGGGACCACCCGAGCCAUAUAGAA